CAUACCGAAGGAAGAUGAAUCCUAUGGAUGACAAGCUGGCAACGUCAUGCAGCAGCUCUAGUUUUGUGCACAACCCACACCUGGAUGGACUGAAAGAUGACAUCCUCUACCACUUUGCAUUAGGAACCAGAACUAAUGACCUACCAGCUAUGUUUGGUGAUGUCAAAUUUGUGUGUGUUGGGGGCAGCCCUUGGAGAAUGAAAGCAUUUAUAGAGUAUAUUGCUGCUGAGCUCAGUAUGGAAGACCCCAAAUCAGAGUACCCAAACAUCUGUGCAGGAACGGACCGCUAUGCCAUGUACAAAGUCGGCCCUGUACUGUCUGUCAGUCAUGGGAUGGGCAUCCCAUCUAUUGCCAUAAUGCUGCAUGAGCUAAUAAAGCUCCUCCAUCACGCACAUUGCACAGAUGUUACAAUUGUACGCAUUGGGACAUCAGGUGGUGUAGGGCUUGAGCCCGGCACAGUGGUUGUCACCAAGCAGUCUAUGGAUGCCACCUUCCUGCCCAAGUUUGAGCAGGUGAUUCUGGGGAAGACGGUGGUGCACAAUACUGAUCUGGACCAAAGUCUGGCUGAGGAGCUGUUGCAAUGCAGCAAGGAGCUGAACCAGUUUGAGACUGUGGUCGGCAACACCAUGUGCACACUGGAUUUCUAUGAAGGGCAGGCCCGGUUGGAUGGUGCUUUCUGCUCCUACACUGAGUCGGAAAAACAGGACUACCUCAAUAAAGCCAGAGAAGCAGGAAUCUGCAAUAUUGAAAUGGAGUCAUCAGUUUUUGCUGUUAUGUGCAAGCUAAGUGGUUUACGGGCUGCUGUGGUUUGUGUGACAUUACUGGAUCGUCUGAAGGGGGAUCAGCUCAGCAGCUCUCAUGAAGUUCUUCACAGUUACCAACAACGUCCUCAAAUCCUGGUUGGUCAGUACAUCAAGAAGCAGCUGAAGGCCAAAGCAGUAUGUGGCUAAGUGCAACAGUUAUUACACUGGUGUGUAGGAAUACUUUUUUUUUUUUUUUUU